AUGGAAACCCAAUCACGCAAUUCUGGUCAUGGACCGGUGGGUUCUCCAGAGGACGGUCGUCGACAAUACAGCAGAGACCCUGAUGUAGCUCGUGACUUGCCAGACAGGGUAGAUGCGAAGCAAAGCAAGUUCGUUGGAACUCUGGCCCCCUCUAACAUUCGGUCACCACAUUAUCCCUUUCGUGUUCUUCCUCCUCGGAGGACUUCAUCUGUGGAUCUGCACGCUCUUCACAUACCAGGGAGCUACAAAUCUGAACUCAAUACUGGCGCACCAAACACGCCGAGGCCUGAUCCACGACACCUUGGUAGCCAUCCGAAGGAAGGCAUGCAUGGAGAUGACAGAGCUGAAUAUUUGCAUGGUAUACCUGUGGAACUAGUGAAAUCCGCUGCUGCUGCUGCUGCUGCUCUUGAGAAACAUGGCAAGAAUGAAGAAGUCUCAGGAAUAUCAGAGGAUAGCAAGGUAGCGGAUGCGACAGAUCCUCCUGGUGAGGGCCGGAAACAAUUGGAGACUGAAUCUCUCUUCCGAAGCUCGUCUGCUUUACCUUCGAGAUCCAGUAGUCUUCGUGCAGCCACUUCCAAAGAAGCAGAUGAUAGACAGGCACUCGUUCCAGCACCUUUGAGGUCGUCAACAAUGGAAUCGCAUUCAAAGGAUAUAGUACGAACUUCACCCGAAGGCAAAGCUAUGUCUAUACUAUCUAAUAUCAGUGGUCGUCGCCACUCGGUCACAAGUUCCUCAAUCUCGAUGUCUACGAAUCCACAGCGUGGGUCUGCUGUCAAACCUUCCGAGAUCAAUUACCGUGGUACAUCGGCGUCCUCUGCAUCAGUUACCCAUUCCGAGAAUCACGAGAACGAGCAACGCUCGAAUUGGUUACAUCAGCUUGUGGGCAAAAGUAGAGCUGCGACAAAUCCUACCUCGAACUUGACAGCGAGACCAAGCCAGAGGCGUAUUGCAGAGUCGGAUAAGUUGCGAUCAAGGACCAAAGCUGUUGUUGGCAGCGGCAAAGCUCACGUCCGAACAGAAAGUACCGACACAGCUUCAGUCUUGCAGCAUCAGCAAGAGAGAAGCCAGGCAUUCGACCAAGUUGUGCUUGACCUCGAGAAUCUUCUGAAAGAAGCACUCUCAAUAGCUGGAAAGGUGGGAAGCAAAGGACCAAGUGAGGAUGCAACUACAAAGGUCAAAGAAACCGAGUUCGAGCCACCUGUGUCUGUCGACCCGGUCACCGGGAGCUCAUCAGUCUCAUCUGCCUCGAGCGUUAUCGAAGAGGAUGUUGCUACAGAUAUGAUACCCGCUCGAGAACGAGCACCUAUUGGUGUAUCAAAAGGAGGUAAGCAUGAAAACGAGGACUCUAGGAAGGAGGAAGAUGCAAUAUCUUUACCCUGCCCUGCGGGUUCAACUGUAGCGACUAGAAAUCAAUCGAGCCUGCCCGUGAGUAGACCAAAUACUCCCCCAGCAAGAAGAAAGCUUGAUGAGAAGAACCCCAAACCCAGGCACAACAUGACUGAGGAGCUGCCUAAGCUUCCAACAAAUUCAGUACCGGAAGAACCAGCAGUGCGAGCCAAUGAUUGGGCGUACAAGAUCAAGCCAAGUACAAAACCUCCUGAAACUCCUCAGACUCCAUUCUCUGUGAGACUCCCAACUAAAGAAGAGCAUCGCCUCCUGGCUCGUAACGAGGGUCUACAUGGCCAACAGCGUCCGCCCCUUGUUCAGCCUCGGUCGGCUUCUGUACAACUCCUGGGUCGCAAGCCUACUGUAAGAGAUCUCAAUCUACCGGAGCAUAGGUCCGCAAGUGAUUCCGACUCUGAUCAAGCGACCUAUGUGGCUGACUUCAAGGAUGAUGGUCGCCAGUAUCACCCUGUUGCUCGUGAAGCCAUGGCCGGAAGCGACAGGCAUGGUGCAGAGACUGGAUUGAACCGUCCUUUACGGCGCGAAGAUACUAUUAUGUCGCCAGAGGAUAAGGAAAUCUUGGUGGACUCGAUGCCAAAACGUGGCACAAGUCAGACCGAGGCGAAUGAUAUCAGUCUCAAAGAUCGAAGCCACUUCAGUAUUCGAGAGCCUCGUGGCUUCAGCCUUCGGCGGUCUCAUGCCCGUAGGCCUAUUGCUCGAGAUUGGAGUGCCGGUCGAAAGCGCUUUGUAGCUACCGUGACUUGCAUCACAACCACUCUCCUGGGCCUUAUUCUUGGGAUAUAUGCUGGCGAGGUGCCCGCGCUUCAGUAUGCACUGGCAGAUGAGCAUCACUAUACCAUCCUGGGAAACGUUGUCUUCUUCCUCGGUAUGGCGCUCACGACGAUCCUCGCUUGGCCGCUACCCGUCAUUCACGGUCGCAAGACGUAUACGAUGGCAGCUCUCAUUCUGCUGAUGCCUCUUCAGUUUCCGCAGGCAUUGUCCGUGACGGGUCAACGAACACCUUACGUGGCCACUUACAGAGUCGGCGUGCUUGUCCCUCGAGCAAUUUCAGGUUUAGUCAUGGGCUUUGCCAACGUCAAUUUCAUGACUACUCUCCUUGACUUGUUUGGUGCGUCACUGCAAAGUAGGAAUCCUCAUCAAGAGGCCCUCAACGAAAAUGAUGUUCGUCGUCAUGGUGGUGGUAUGGGUAUUUGGCUUGGAAUAUCAACUUGGUGUUCAACCAUGUCCAUUGGGGUAGGCUUCCUUAUUGGGGCGUGCAUCAUUAGCGGACUCAACGUGUCAUGGGGGUUCUGGAUCACAAUCAUCCUGACUGCUGCUGUGCUCUUACUGAACGUGAUCACGCCAGAGACGCGUAGGUCUCCGUAUCGUCGGUCAAUGGCAGAAGUUCGCACGGGAACAGAAAUCUCCAGACGUGUUGCUCGUGGUGAAAUCAAAAUGCAUCUUGACUUGACCGGCCCCCGGUAUUGGUAUGAGGAGCCAUUGGCGGGAUACCGACUGUGUCUCCUGAUGUUGAAGCAGCCUGGAUUUUUGAUCCUUGCGCUCUACGAGGGGUGGAUCUAUGGGCAGAUUGUGUUAAUCAUUUCGCUACUGGGUGCUUUACUGUCCAAGUACUAUCGCUUCCAUCCGCAGUACGUCGGAUUGGGGGUAGUCAGUAUCCCGAUCGGUGCUUUACUUGCUGUACCCUUUCAAAAGGCAAGCCUGUUCAGUCGUUCACGACAACGCAAGCAGAGGACCGACAGUAUGACGUUCGAGAAGCGUGUGACGUGGACCUCGCAUCUGGUCAGGAGGUCAGUCUUUAGUAUCCUGCUACCAUUUGCGGGUCUGGCCUACACCUUGUCCUCGAAUGGAUCAGUGCACUACAUGGCACCCAUCAUCUUCGCGGGCUUGAUCGGAUUCUUGUCGAAUCUCGCCAUAGCGGAGUGCAACGGAUUGAUCAUGGAAACUUUCGAUACCUCGGACCUUCAGCCUGGUAUGACUGGCCGACCCCGUCGAGUGCUGCCUGAGGAAACGCGGCGGAAACGAACCAACUUUUCCAGCUUUCCAAGGGUCGCUGCAGGCUUCACUAUUGCUCAAGCAUUCUCCUUCAUAAUCGCGGCAGGAGGUACAGGACUCGGAGGUGCCAUCGAGAGACAUUUGGGGGCGCAACAAGCGACUGGUGUUGUGGCCGGCAUCUUGCUCAUCCUGACGCUACUACUGUUUGCGGUGUUGUGGCGCUCUAAAACAGUCCAAAUCAUCCCUAGUGAGAGGUUUGGAACCAACAUCCUCUCUGGGCCAGAGGAUGAAUGGAAGCCAAUCAUCAUAGGCAAUCCCAGCGGAACUACGAGAAGGAUGAGUAUUCUGGAAUUGGGCAAGAUGAGUAGGUGGACGGAGAUCAGGAGGCGGAAUAGAUUGGGAUCGAUAUAG